CGUGUCGUCUUAGCGUGCUCGCCUAUAUAAGGGGAACACAUUUCGCUUUGUGGAGCCGCAGCCUCUCUCUCUCUCUCUCCUCUUCUCUGUGCCUCUUCAAUUCGUUUCGUUCCAAAGUCGCCGCAGCAGCAGCAGCAGCUGUAGUCAUGAGUGCCAUCGUGGACAGCGGUAGCGCCCCGGCUCUGAGUGGGGACGAGAAGGCGGCCAUCAAGAGCACGUGGCCCUCCGUGUUCGCCAAGGCUGAGGACGUCGGCGCAGAGAUGCUCUCCAGAUUCAUCAGCAGCAACGCGGACGUGAAGAAGUACUUUCCCAAGUUCAAGGACAUCUCGUCGCAGGCCGAGCUCAAGUCGUCGGCCAAGGUGCGCGAUCACGCCAAGCGCAUCAUGGCCUUCAUCAACGAUCUCGUGGACAACAUCGACAACGCCGGCGCGCAGACCGCCAAGCUGCACUCGCUGAGCGCCGAGCACGCGGAGAAGUUCAAGGUGGACCCGCAGUACUUCAAGGUCAUCUCCAACGUGCUGCUCGACAUCCUGGGCGAGACCUUCGGCGCGAGCUUCAGCGGCGCCACUCGCUCGGCCUGGAUCAAGCUCCUGAGCAUCAUCUGCAUUGGGCUGCGCUCGGCUUUCUAAGCGGGCGCUCCCCCCUACCCCCCCCCCCCCGCUUGACCCCCUCCCUUCCCCCCCAUCAACCCCCUCCCCCCACUCCGUACUCUGCGGGUUAACUCGGCGGCACACCUUGGGGGGAGGGGGGGGGGCAGAGCGAAUGUUGGCAACAUUGAAACGAUCGUAGCGACGAAGAGCGGUGCGUGGGAUUUGUCCCGCCGUGGCGCGAUGAGUUCUCGAGAUUCGCGACCUCGUUGUGGGGGUGUUGUUUGUUGUUGUUGAUGUCGCUCGGCACCACAUUGUCGCCUGCUGAGCUUAAACGCAUCGGAGGGCGCGACCGUGGCACCGGGCGGACGGCCGGUCGCCCGCCCGCCCGCGCAAUUAAGUUUUGGCGGAAAUAAAGUUAAUAAAAUAAAGUUAACGAAAUAAAGUCGAUACAAUAAAGGGGUAGCCCGCUUAGCGGAGGUGUCGCUCAAUGCUGCCGCAGUCGCUCACCGCAGGAGGCUGCCGUCGGCAAAAGAACAAAGAGAGACAACAACCGGCCCGUGGCCACGCCGCAAUUGGGUUUUUUUUUUCAAAGAAAUGAAAAUCAACGUGGAAAUGAAAUCGCUUUGCUCGUUCACCCCCCCACCCCAACCCCCAAUGUUGUGACGUCGCCGCUUAGGAUUCGUGAGACGGCGGUGGCGAUGUCGACGAUUCAACAUCGCGCCAGUCGCUUUUUCUCACACGGGGCGGCCCAUGACCCCAAAUGUAUUCGUUUAAGUCUCCGAUUUGUCGCUUAAAUAAAGAAGUAGGAUAGAUGACGUUACUCUGUCACUGGUUAUCCGCGACAGGCGCUGAUUUUGGAACUUGGCACGGGUAAAAAUGUUCAGCGUUAAGCGAGAAUAUCCGUCCCUUGAAUACUUGUGAUAUUGCCGAAAUCACUCCAUACACAUUAGAGAGCCACGCACCACACAAGUCAUAUGCUUAAGCAUGCUUUCAUUAUAUUUUUGUACACUAGUGAUCCCAGUCUAUGCAGGCAAAACAUUCUGAGAAAUGCCCGCUUAAGGCGUCGCCUUCUGCGUUGGUAAACUUACACACGGUUGGAUAAACGGAACAAAUUCGCUUCAAAUGCGCCCGACGAUGGCUCUCAAAAGCCGCGUACACUAUCCCCGGCGCCGCUGCGUGUUUUCGUGACUGCGCCCACCGAGGCAGCCGCUGUUUCGUGGGGCGAUGUUGUGGAGUGGGGCUCGCAUCAGGUUCCUGAGCGGGCAUCCUGACUCGCCCCCCCCCCCAUCCCGCCCUGGCCGUUUCUCAGCUCACUAAUUAAAGCGACCGUCUGCGGUCACAUCAGCACCACCCACGGUGUCUCAGCUACCUCACUUUUGUGUCAUUUUUUUAAAUCAAGAAAUUAACGUGGGGGGCAUUUCUUCUUCCCUGUGGGGCAGAGUUGUUGGCAGACUCCAGUCCUCGUGACCCCCCCCCCCCCCCAUCCAAAGGCCAUCCACGAUUCCGUCUUUCCGCCUUUUGCCAAUAUACUCAUCGAAUGCAAAUCCGGCAUUCCCACGUUGCACGCGCCCGAUGAUUGUUUAAACACGUGCCACGUGACGCUCUCGGAAAUGGACGCUGCCUGCGUCACGCGGAACACGUGUACACAGACAAAGAUCCCCCGUAUAGCCUUAACAGACUGUUGGGGCGCGUGUGUGUGUACAAACACACACACGCGCACACUGAGAUCUCAAUCUUCACUUGAAUCGGCUGUAUUUAGGCAGACAGCGUUAAUUUCUGAACGUGGGACGUGUUUAACAAUCAUCGGGCGCGUGCAGCGUGGGGCGAGUUCAUUUGUAUUUGAAUGGGGGGGGGGGGGGGGGUAAAUCGGUGAAUGCGGAAAGACAGUGCGUGGUGGUGGUGGUGGGUCUCCAGGACCGAAGUGUGGGACAGCCUGCUAUGGGUCAUAUUCUCAUCUUGACGACGGCAGUUCAUUUUUGUCAAGAUUGCUUUUUGUUUUUGCCGAAACUUGCGUAUGUCUCCAUCGUUGAACACGGGGGAGGGCGAUGGUAAUAUUGAUACGUCCACCAGACUGACGGCAUACUUACUGCCCGUCCGUGUCGUAAGACAUACUCUCUUAAAGUGUAAUGUGAAACGGGGCGAUUCGAAGGCCAUGCGGUCUUGACUCACGCCGCGGGCUUCCACGCGGUCGCGGUAAUGUCGCCAGCGUCGCCGCGUGCACCUCUCGACCAAUCAGGGAAGAGCUACCGCAGAGCAACGGCUCGGCCAAUCACGGCACCGCGCCCUCCGUGGGCAAGCACAUCGAUAGAGAAUCGAGCCACACAAUGCCCCUGCAGAGUAUAAAACAACACAACGCCUGCUUUGUUUAUUUGCUUCAUCUCUACCGGUCCGCAGUGUUCUUCUUUUUACGGCAUUCAUGGGGGGAGGGGGAGUGGGGAUUUAAAAUAAAAAAGCACAGAAUAACACAAAGCAAGUCCUACUCGGCGAUUGUAAUUGCACAGGCGGGUGUUGGGUGGUAGAGAUGUAGAGUGAUGUAGUGUGCAUCUCGUGGCAUGUGCGUAACGGGUGGCUUCUUCUUGACUCCGGUGUUUUUGCUUUUUUUUAAAUAAUAAAUUCGGUCAUCCGGGGCGUCAGCACGACACGGGGGUGAUAGGAGCAACCGUACCAUUCGCCAGAAGUCACGCCACGACUUUGACACCACUGCCCAACACCGCAACAUCGCCAAAUAACGCGUUCACUAAAGAUGAGACACCUGGCUGAGUUUUAACGUCACAAUUCAAACUGAAACUCGCGGAGUUCAUCCGAUGGUAACUCUGCAUUUUAUGACGCAUUUAAUCCAGUGUGCAUUUUUCAAAGUCACCAUCCGUACAGAGUGGGGGGGUUUGUGUAUUUUUACUCGCUGUGACAAUGUACUCACAAUGCUGACCAUUAUACUUAGACAUUUACGCAUCCUUUUUUUUAAUAUAUAUCAUAUUGCUAGUAAUGUAGUUAUUCGUAGAAAUGGUGAAAGUUUUUACACGAAUUUACCUUCUUUUUUUUAAUCCUUAGCAUUAUCUGCAGACGUACGAGACAAUUCAAAUGUCCACUUGGUUUUUUUUUGUAGUUGAAUGAAUUUAAUAUCACGCCAAUAUCGCGAGCGCAAAUAUAACCGAUGUUUUUUGUGCGCGACGCACAAACUUGCCGACACGAA